GCUGCUACUCCUACUGCUACUACUACUACCACCACUACUACUACAACUACUACACUGACAGACAAGAGGACAAGGAAGGUUACCAAUGGACAACGACACUUCACCUGAAAUCCUGUGCAACCAGACUGUGGCGUGGUCCUGGCUCUACUCCAUGCAGCCGUACUACAUGUCCGCCAUCUGCUUCCUGGGAGUCCUCGGCAACUCCUUCGUCCUCGCGGUUUUCUUUUUGGAAAAGCGUCGGCGUUCCGUAGCCGACAUAUAUCUGGGAAACCUAGCUUUGGCUGACCUCCUCAUGGUCUCCUGCCUGCCUUUCUGGGUGGUCGCGAUCAUCAACGAAUUCCACUGGACUUUCGGUCAAGCCAUGUGCCAAAUCGUCAACGUAAUUAUCGGCAUGAAUUACUACUGUAGCGUACUAUUUCUCACGUUGGUUAGUGUGGAUCGCUAUCUUGUUUUAACGCGACCUUUGUCUCAUGGAAGACACCGUCAAGCGAUAUGGGCGAAGAUUAUCUGUGUUAGCAUCUGGAUUAGCGGGGUUUUGUUAAGCUUCCCUGCUAUACUGUUCCGUUCCGUAGAAUACCUUCCACACCUUGACAUCGAAGCGUGCUACCUAGCAUACCCGCAUAACGGCUGGAGGUUACGCUACAAUUUUACGGUCAUCAUCGUCGGUUUCCUUAUCCCAGUCCCAAUUGUAUCGUGGACAAGCUACCAUAUCGUCAGAGUUCUCCGUAGUAGUAAACGUAUAAGCAAUAACAGCAAAGGCGUAGAACGGAAAGCCGCGUUUCUUGUGCUAAUCGUGCUAGCCGUGUUUAUCGUCUGCUGGCUUCCGUACCAAGUUUUUAUUUUCCUGGACACUUUGGAUCACUAUAAUCUUCUCACAGGAUGCGAGUGGGACGACGUGCUGGACAUUGGAGAACAGUUAGCUACUUACAUCGGCUACAGCAACAGUUCGCUAAACCCGUUCUUGUACAUGAUAGUGGGGAAGCAAUUUAAGCAAAGAGCGAAAGACGUUUUAAGAUUUGUGUUGUGCAAGAGAUGGGAAAGAGGGAGGUCCGGUUAUUCCAACAGUAACGUCACAUCCAGACAAUGUGAGACAACUAAGAUUUAA